CGGUAAGGGCGCCCCACCGCGGAAUCCGGAGGCCGACCCCAUACGCCCCGAGCUGGCGCGUGCGGUGCGCUCCUGCCGGACCCCACGCGUGCACAGUGUCGCCUGAGGAUGCGCCGGCAGCGUGGUCGGUGUGGGGGACCCCCUCACUCCCGCCUGACUGAAGACUGUUUAGAGACGUCUGAUAGCUCUCUCUCGUGGUUCCGGGCGUUAUAACAUGGGGCUCACCAAGCAGUACCUACGCUACGUUGCCAGCGCAGUCUUCGGCCUUAUCGGCAGCCAAAAGGGUAAUAUUGUCUUUGUGACACUUCGUGGUGAAAAAGGACGCUAUGUGGCAGUACCAGCUUGUGAACAUGUUUUCAUCUGGGACUUAAGAAAAGGAGAGAAGAUCCUCAUCCUUAAGGGGCUUAAACAAGAAGUCACUUGCUUGUGCCCCUCCCCAGAUGGGCUGCACUUAGCUGUUGGUUAUGAGGAUGGGUCGAUCCGAAUCUUCAGUCUCCUGAGCGGGGAAGGAAAUGUGACCUUCAACGGACACAAAGCAGCGAUCACUUCCUUGAAGUACGAUCAGCUAGGAGGCAGGCUGGCAUCUGGGUCCAAGGACACAGAUAUUAUUGUGUGGGACGUGAUCAAUGAAAGUGGCCUCUACCGGCUAAAGGGACACAAGGAUGCCAUCACACAAGCCUUGUUUCUGCGAGAAAAGAAUCUGCUAGUUAGUAGUGGGAAAGACACCAUGGUAAAAUGGUGGGACCUUGAUACGCAGCACUGCUUCAAAACAGUGGUUGGCCACAGGACAGAGGUGUGGGGGCUGGUUCUGGUGUCAGAAGAAAAGCGACUCAUCACUGGGGCUUCAGACAGUGAACUGAGGGCUUGGGACAUAGCCUACCUGCAGGAGAUUGAAGACGUAGAGGAACCAGAGACCAAGAAAAUGAAAGGCACUUCCCCUGGAAUACAGGACACGCAUGAAGCCAAGGAGGGCCCCCUCGAGAUGGACGAGGCUCCCAAGGAUCGCAUCCUCACAUGCAGAAAAGCUGGCUCCAUAAUGCGGGAAGGAAGGGACAGAGUUGUGAAUCUCACCGUCGACAGGACAGGCAGGAUGCUUGCGUGCCAUGGGACUGAUUCUGUGCUGGAGGUGUUUUGUAUUCUCUCCAAAGAGGAAAUUCAGAAGAAAAUGGAUAAGAAGAUGAAGAAAGCCAGGAAGAAAGCAAAAUUAAAUUCUUCCAAAGGGGAGGAGGAAGACCUCGAAGUCAAUGUUGAAAUGACGCUGCAAGAUGAAAUCCAACGGGUGACUAAUAUCAAAACCUCUGCCAAAAUCAAAUCCUUUGACCUGAUCCAUUCACCUCAAGGGGAGUUAAAGGCUGUGUUCCUGCUUCAAAACAACAUGGUGGAGUUGUAUUCACUGAGUCCGUCGGCGCCUGCCCCCCAGCCAGUCAGGACCAGCAGGGUUACCCUGGGGGGUCAUCGCAGCGAUGUGCGGACUUUGGCCUUCAGCUCGGACAAUAUUGCUGUGCUUUCAGCAGCAGCCGAUUCCGUUAAGAUUUGGAACAGGUCCACACUGCAGUGUAUUCGCACGAUGACCUGUGAAUAUGCGCUUUGCUCGUUCUUUGUACCUGGUGACAGGCAGGUGGUCAUAGGGACAAAGACAGGGAAGCUGCAGCUUUUUGACUUGGCCUCAGGAAAUCUGCUGGAGACAAUCCACGCACAUGAUGGGGCUUUGUGGUCCAUGUCUAUGUCUCCAGAUCAGCGUGGCUUUGUGACAGGCGGUGCAGAUAAAUCCGUCAAGUUCUGGGAUUUUGAGUUGGUGAAAGAUGAAAAUAGUACCCAGAAGAGACUUUCUGUGACGCAAACCCGAACCUUGCAACUCGAUGAAGAUGUGCUGUGUGUCAGUUACUCUCCCAACAAAAAGCUGCUGGCCGUGUCUCUGCUGGACUGUACUGUGAAAAUUUUCUACGUUGACACUUUGAAGUUUUUUCUCUCACUGUAUGGACACAAACUGCCUGUUAUAUGCAUGGACAUCUCUUAUGACGGAGCACUCAUAGCAACGGGCUCUGCUGACAGGAAUGUGAAAAUCUGGGGUCUGGACUUUGGGGACUGCCACAAGUCCCUCUUCGCACACGACGACAGUGUGAUGUACCUACAGUUUGUGCCCAAGUCUCACCUCUUCUUCACUGCUGGGAAGGACCGGAAGAUUAAGCAGUGGGAUGCGGACAAAUUUGAACAGAUACAAACUCUGGAGGGACACCACCAGGAAAUAUGGUGCUUGGCUGUCAGCCCCAAUGGAGACUACGUGGUGUCAUCGUCCCAUGACAAAUCUCUGAGACUUUGGGAGAGAACAAGGGAGCCUCUUAUUCUUGAGGAAGAAAGGGAGAUGCAAAGGGAAGCGGAGUAUGAGGAGAAUGUGGCCAAAGAAGACCAACCGGCAGUUCCGGGAGAGACUCAAGGUGAAAAUUACUUUACUGGAAAGAAAACAAUUGAAACAGUCAAAGCAGCCGAGAGGAUCAUGGAGGCUAUUGAGCUCUACCGAGAGGAAACUGCAAAAAUGAAAGAACACAGAGCCAUUUGUAAAGCUGCAGGGAAAGAGGUUCCCCUUCCCACCAACCCCAUCCUGAUGGCUUACGGCAAUAUCUCUCCUUCAGCUUAUGUGUUGGAGAUUUUUAAAGGAAUCAAGUCAAGUGAGCUGGAGGAAUCGCUCCUUGUGUUACCUUUCUCUUACGUCCCAGACAUUCUCACACUCUUCAAUGAGUUCAUCCAGCGGGGCUCUGAUACUGAACUUCUGUGUAGAUGCCUCUUCUUUCUCCUCAGGAUUCACUUUGGGCAGAUCACUAGCAACCAGAUGCUCGUGCCAGUGAUUGAAAAAUUAAAGGAAACCACUAUUUCGAAAGUCAGCCAAGUCCGGGAUGUUAUUGGCUUCAAUAUGGCAGGUCUCGAUUACCUCAAGAGGGAAUGUGAGGCAAGAAGUGAAGUUAUGUUUUUUGCUGACGCUACCAGCCAUUUGGAAGAGAAGAAGAGGAAGAGGAAAAAGAGGGAGAAGCUAAUUUUAACAUUGGCUUAGAACUGAAAUGUGCUGCCUUUUGCUACGUUUUCUUUCAAAGGACUUCUAACUAAGCAGCGGUAGAGCUGGUGUCAAAUUCACAGUAACCGAAUAACAGCUUAUUGUGUAAUGUCAUCGAGAAAAGCCUCACGAGUAGUUUAUUACAAGGAUUACAUCUAAGCUUAUUUAAAAGUAUGUGUGUGUGUGUGUGUCCAUGUCCAUGUAAAGAAGACAUGCUUAACAAUUUUGAGAUUCCUUGGCUGGAAAUUAAAUGCUUCGCGUACUUGAUAUUAAAUUGUUUCUCAGUA